AUGCCACCGGCGAAACGAUCUCUGCGCGUGGAGCAAAUUCCCCCCACGGGCCUAGCCGCCAAAUCGCGGCAUCCCCCACCUGAAUUUGCCGCGGCGGUAUCGAUCGAGGCUCUAGAAGCAAUCACUGCCUCUGUCACACUGCACCCCGCUUCGCGCGACGCGCAUUUCUCCAACUGGGCAGGCGUCUUUCACAGCGAUGCGCCGACACACAAUGGCGCGUUUGGCCAUACAGUUCGGUGCAUUUUUGCACCCAAUACAAUCGAGCAAGUCGUAGCGAUCAUUGAGCUGGCACGGCGGGGCGGCAGUGAGCGCACUUUGCCGAUUCCCGUACGUGCCGUUGGAAAACUGCACAGUCCGAGCGAUUUGCCCUUCAGUCUCGGCUGGAGUAUACGCAUGGACGAGCUGCAAGGCGUGCUUUCUAUAGAUACAGAGAAGAUGUGCGCCAAGGUGCUUGGUGGCACCUAUCUGCACACGAUCAACACUGCCCUUGCGGCGCACGAGCCCCCUCUUGCGAUGCACAACCUCGGCUCCAUUUCCGAGCAAACGAUUGCUGGAGUUAUUUCCACCGCCACGCAUGGCUCCGGCAUUCAUUUCCCAGUGAUCUCUGCCGACGUGCUUGAGCUGGAGCUCGUAUGCCCACUAAGCGAAGGCACAAAGCUCGUUUCUUGCAGCCGCGCAGACCGUCCCGACCUAUUCAAUGCUACGCUCUGUGGCCUCGGCGCAACGGGCGUGAUUGUAAGCGUAACCAUUUCUGUGGAGCACGCAUUUCGAUUGUGCCAGGUAAAGGAGGACGUGCCGCUUUCGACGCUGCUUGGCCCUGUACCGCCACCUAUCGCACAGCUUCCCGAGCUCCUCGCACGCGAGCCAUACGACGCAUUUGCGCAGAACCCCGCCGCAUUCGGCAUCCUUCUUGCUGCAGGUGUACCGCUUCCACCCGCGCCGGUGUAUGCGCCGCCGCCGCGGAGUGCGGCUGCGCGCGACAUCUUCCCUUUCGUGCCUCUGGAGAGCAUUCCGCAACAAGGCCCGCUGUGGAACGAUUGUCACGCGACGCGCAUUGUGCAAGAGCGCAUCGAGCAGCUGGUAUACUCUGCCGAGCACGUUCGAUUUCUCAUCUUCCCGUCCGCCGAAAUGGUCACCAUCGACCGUGCGAGCCGGACUAACUUGCCUGCCGAGCCGGAAGGAAUGCUGCACGCACUUUACCAGCGAUUGGUUGGCUACCAUCUCACACAGAUGCUGCUUUUUGCAUCGCGGUUCCACCCCUCUUUCCCGCGCAAUAUCGCGCGCACGGUCUACCGCCUCACGCAUCCCACACCGCCCUCGGAGCCCAACGUCGUAACCAGCGACCCUGCGCCGCUCUCCACUGCCUCGGCUGUCCAAGUUCGUGUCGACGAUGGGCCGCGCGUAUUUAACUUCGACUGCCUUUUUGCGCAAUACACGUACGAAUACGCAAUUCCGUUUGAGUGCACCGCCGCUGCGCUUCUUGCGAUCCGUACAUGGCUUGACGAAGAGUUCCAGUGCCCCGAUGGCGUCCGACCCCACUUUCCCGUCGAGAUCCGGUUUGUCGAUGCAGACGGAAUCUGGCUGAGCCACUGCUACGGCUACAAGACGUGUUUUAUCGGAAUCGUGCAGUACCGGCCGUACAAUCUGCCGGUGCCCUACCGCACAUUUUUCUCGCGCUUCGAGUCCCUCAUGCGCCAAUUCAACGGCCGUCCCCACUGGGCCAAGACGCACGGUUCGUACCGCGCCGAGCUCCUUCAUCGCUAUCCCCACCUGCCCGACUGGCUGCACGUCCAAGCCGAGUACGAUCCGGAACGCAUGUUUGUCAAUCCGUACGUAGCACGGCAUUUGAUGGACGAGCACGGCGCAUCGCGGACAAGCUUGUUCAAGAAAAGCUACUUGUAG